AUGAACACGUGCGCAACAACAACCACCAUGAUUGCAACAUCACCUCUUGCUUUGUACAAGGUUCAAUUUUUUGAUGGACAUUUGAUCAUGGAAAUCCCAAAUCCUGUAAAGAACAAUGAUCCAUCUCAUUCUUCAUCGGAAUCUCUCUAUGCAUUGAUCGAUACUGGAUCACCAAUGACCUUCUCCAGUGAAUAUUCCACUUUGGAAAUUUGUGGAAUACAAUACAACUUGGAAAAGCAAGAACUCGUUUCUACAACUAGUAUUAGUCACUUGAUUCAUUUCAAUAUUCAAUAUUUACUUGGAAAUGAUAUCAUGCAAGAGUAUCAUUUGGAAUUCACUCGUUCAAGCAUUCGAUUUUUUGACAAGUCCCAUUUUCAGACAAUUAUCCUUCAUGUUUGA